CUCCUCCGGUGGGGCUCGCCCCCUUCCCCGCCUGCUCCUUUCCCCCCCUGCCUGCGAGUCAGCCUGGCUCCGAAUCACGUGGCAAUUGCCUGAGGCAGACUAAAGAGGGGGAAAAAAAAAAGCGCCUCAUUCCUUCUUCCACCGCCAUACUGUAUUUUAUAGUAACUCGCAUUUUUAUUCCUUCCUUUUACUCCCGCUCGAUUUACACAUAUAUACAAAUAAGUGCAUUUUCAAAUGAUGGCAUUGGAAGGUUUUCCUGGAGAAUGAAGUGCGGUUUGGUUUCCUUGUCAACGGAAGAUGAAGUGAACAACUGAACAUCUCCCCGGUGCAGGGCUGAAGCCAAGUGAGCCAACCAUGACUGGCAAAACACAGACCAGUAAUGUCACCAAUAAGAACGACCCCAAGUCCAUCAACUCCAGAGUCUUCAUCGGCAAUCUCAAUACAGCCAUCGUCAAAAAGGGUGACAUAGAGGCGAUCUUUGCCAAGUAUGGGAAAAUAGUUGGCUGCUCAGUCCACAAAGGCUACGCUUUUGUACAGUACAUGAGUGAGAGGCAUGCAAGAGCAGCAGUGGCGGGAGAGAAUGCCAGGAUCAUUGCUGGGCAACCUCUAGACAUCAACAUGGCAGGAGAACCAAAACCAUACAGACCAAAGCCAGGAAACAAGCGGCCAAUUUCUGCUCUCUACAGGAUGGGAGAAAAAUGCUUCAAACAACUGGGCAAAGCAAGACUUGAAUCGAAGGAGCCUUCUUUCCUGUCCGUUGGCGGUUAUGUCUUUGAUUAUGAUUACUACAGAGAUGAUUUCUACAAUCGAUUGUUUGAUUACCAUGGCCGGGUCCCUCCACCACCUCGUGCAGUGAUUCCACUAAAACGUCCACGUGUAACAGUUACAGCAACUCGGCGAGGAAAGGGUGUGUUUUCCAUGAAAGGAGGAUCACGAUCUACAUCAAGUGGUACUUCUUCAUCAGGAUCAAAAUUGAAAUCAGAUGAGUUGCAAACAAUCAAGAAGGAAUUAACUCAAAUCAAAACAAAAAUUGACUCUUUGCUAGGGAGACUGGAGAAGAUUGAAAAGCAGCAGAAGGCUGAAGCCGAAGCCCAAAAGAAACAAAUAGAAGACAGUGCUGAUUUAAUUCAAGAGGAAUGUAUAUCAGAGAAUGCAGACAACUCUACAGAAGAGCCUACUGAAGGAGGGCUAGAUGCAGAUGGUGAUGGAGAAGAGAUGACUGAUGGCAUAGAGGAGGAUUUUGAUGAAGAUGGAAGCAGUGAGCUGUUUCUACAGAUCAAAUGAAUUGAGAAUUG